GCAAGAUACCCUGAAGAUGGCUUCAUCGAGCGCUACACUUGGCAAGCUGCCGGAGUUCGACCCGGACAACGGGGACUUCGAGGUCUACCUCGAGCGUCUCGAGUGCUUCAUCGCCGCCAACGACAUUGCAGAAGAAAAGAAACUGCAGGUCUUCUUGACUACGAUCGGCGAAAAGGCUUACGGGACGCUAAGGAGCUUGCUUCUUCCAAAGACGCCUACGAAAGUAACAUUCGAGGUUGCCGUUGAUGCACUUAAAAAGCACUAUGCUCCCAAAAGUUCCGUGGUGACGGAAAGGUAUCGCUUCCACCAACGAAAACAAGAGAAGCAUGAAAGCGUGGCGGACUUCAUCGUGGGUCUGAAGAAAUUGGCGGCGACGUGUGCGUUUGGCACAUUUCUAGAGGAAGCUCUGCGGGACCGACUAAUCGCCGGCCUUCAAGCAGACGCUGUGCGCUGCCGACUGCUAGCCACGCCAGACGCUGAGCUGACUUGGGAACGCGCCUGCAGCAUCGCCGUGGCUAUGGAAGCAGCUACGAAAGACACUCAGCAGAUGGCCUCUACAAAGAGCGAAGGCAUCGCAGCGAGCGUCUCCGACUUGCACUGGCAAGGACAAGCAAAAGAACGGCGUCCACAAUUUGACAGUCUCGUCAAGCAGCUUGCCUGGCUUUUCGCCACAUCCACCAAUUCCCUCUUUGAACGUCACGAGUUCACACGUCGGCCUCAACUCCCUGGAGAGAGCUUCCUGGACUACGUGACCGUACUGAAGGAGAAAGCCGUGCGAUUCAAGUUUGGGCUGACGUACGCGGAACGCGUCCGCGACCAGAUUAUCCACGGCUCGUCCAACUCGCCGGUGCGGUAG